AUGCCACUGACUCCGGACCCUCCAAGUUCCUGCGACUGCUUUGUCUCUGUGCCCCCGGCCUCUGCCAUCCCUGCAGUGAUCUUUGCAAAGAACUCUGACAGACCCCGGGAUGAAGUGCAGGAAGUGGUGUUUGUUCCUGCAGCCACACAUGCCCCUGGGAGCCGGCUCCAGUGCACCUACAUUGAAGUGGAACAGGUGUCCCAGACACACGCUGUGAUCCUAAGCCGCCCUUCUUGGCUGUGGGGGGCCGAGAUGGGUGCGAAUGAGCACGGUGUCUGUAUUGGCAACGAGGCAGUGUGGACCAAGGAGCCAAUUGGGGAAGGCGAGGCCCUGCUGGGCAUGGAUCUUCUCAGAUUGGCUUUAGAACGGAGCAGGUCAGCCCACGAAGCCUUGCAUGUUAUCACAGGCUUACUGGAGCGCUAUGGGCAAGGGGGCAGCUGCCGGGAGGAUUCCACACCAUUCUGCUACCACAAUACCUUCUUGCUUGCUGACCGAACUGAGUCAUGGGUGUUGGAGACCGCUGGGAGGCUGUGGGCUGCUCAGAGGAUCCGGGAGGGGGUCUGGAACAUUUCCAACCAGCUGAGCAUUGGCACAGACAUCUCGGCAGAACACCCUGAGCUGCGGUCCUAUGCCCGGGAGCAGCACUGGUGGGAUGGGAAGGACACCUUUCACUUCUCCCAGGUCUUCUCCCUGGUCCAGCAGCCCGUGCGCAUGGAGGCUGCCAAGGCCCGCUUCCAGGCUGGGCGGAAACUACUGCAGCAACAGCAAGGCAGCAUCACAGCGGAGGUGAUGAUGGGCAUCCUCAGGAACAAGGAGAGUGGCAUCUGUAUGGAUUCUGGAGGCUUCCGUACAACAGCCAGCAUGGUGUCUAUCUUGCCUCAGGACCCCACACAGCCCUGUGUCCACUUCCUCACAGCCACACCAGACCCCUCCAGGUCAGUGUUCAAACCUUUUAUCUUUGGGGUGGAGGUGGCUCAGGCCCCCCAAGUGCUGUCCCCCACGUUUGGAGCACAGGAUCCUGCUCGAAUCCUGCCUCGGUUCCAGACUCAGGUGGAUCGCCGGCAUACCCUCUACCUGGGACAUCAGGUGGCCUUGGGGCUGAUGGAGAGUGAGCAGGAUCAGGGGCAGCAGCUUCGGCAGCGGCAGCAGACACUAGAGCAGGAAGGCCUCGAGGCUGCAAAGAGUCUGCUGGCUGGGCAGCAGGCCACACCACCCCAGGCAUGGGGCAGCAUCUUCCAGACCUUUGUGGAAAGGGAGAGCCGCAUGUAUGCGUGA